AUGGGUGGGUCUCUUGGAUCCUUUGAGAGUGUAAGCUCUUCAAAUAUUUUCAAAAGGGACGAUGCUGCCAAUAAUACCGACACUAAUGGCUCCGACAACUCCGACAUAAAAAAAUUGUGCGAAGGUUUUAAAUUCGACAACGCAUUUACUCAAGUCAAAAAUGGAGAGACUAUAACAGUGACAUGGUCAAAAGGAGCAUCCAAAGUAAAUGCCGUAAUAAAUUGUGAAAUGUUUGGUGAACCGGUAGGGGAUAAUGUUGCAUUCUGGAAAGAGAUAUGGACUGGUGACAUUAAGUAUACCGAAAGCUUAACCGCCGUAUCGGCACAGGUUAAGUUUGAAGCUCCACCUGGUGCAAAAUUACCUCAAAGUAUUUUAUUACGUACUUGGGGUUUAACCAGCGAAGGUCCACAUUGUACUUGUUACAC